AUUAAUUUCCAAUUUCCCAUAAGCCAACCCCCAAUAGCUGAAACUACAAGCCUUCCUCUUCUCCCUCACUCCUCUCUCUCACACACACACACACACACACACACACACACACACACACACACACACACACACGCAUACACUGUCUGUAUAAUCACGUAAACAAAACCUUUCUCUUUAAUUAUAAUUCAUUUUCAUCUUAAUUUCUUCAUGGGGUUUCCAGUUGGUUACACCGAAGUUUUCUUACCGAAACUCUUCGUCCACAUGCUUUGGUUUCUGGGUUUCAUCCGAUGUCUAAUUGUUACUCUUUUUAGCUACCUCGGACUCUCCGAUUUCCUCGAACCAGACACUGUCUGGCAGGAUAACCGGACCCGAAUUACACCCGAGAACCCGCCCGUAUCAGCUCUUCUGAUCCGUGAAAUCCUUCCCGUCAUAAAGUUCGAGGAGCUCGUUGUCGUGGGGGAUCCACCGGAGAGUUGUGCCGUUUGCUUGUACGAGUUCGAAGGAGGUGAAGAGAUCAGGUGGUUGAGGAACUGUAGGCACGUUUUCCAUCGGGCGUGUUUGGACCGUUGGAUGGACCAUGAUCAGAAAACAUGUCCGCUCUGUAGGACACCGUUUGUGCCCGACGAGUUGCAGGAUGAGUUCAAUCAAAGACUCUGGGCUGCUUCCGGUGUCGGUGAUUUACACAGUGAGUACGUUUCGGUUCCGGGAUUGUAGGAAUUUUUUUUUUUAAAAAAGAGGGGGCACUUGAUGUUUCUUAUCCAAUGGCUUCUUUUGUAAUGAGCUUGGUGAAAAUUGUAUAUAUUAAACAUCAGUACAUCACAAUUUGGUGCAUAA